AUGGAAAAUAGGAACAACGUCACAGAAUUUGUUCUUUUAGGUCUGUCCAGUGAUAGAAAUCUGCGGAUAUUCUUCGUCGGGCUGUUCCUCUCCUGUUACAUUGCAAUCCUCUUAGGGAAUCUCGUCAUCCUCAUCACCGUCAGAGGCAGUUUGCUCAUCAAACAGCCCAUGUACUUCUUCCUCUGCCAUUUGUCCCUCAUGGACCUCUGCUACACUUCCACGGUGACUCCCAAACUGGUUCGAGAUUUGCUGUCUGAGAAGAAAACCAUUACCUUCCGUGACUGCAUGAUGCAGCUCUUUACCAUGCACUUGUUUGGUGGGGUUGAGAUCUUCAUCCUUGUGGGGAUGGCCUACGAUCGCUAUGUUGCCAUCUGCCAACCCUUGCUCUAUGUGGUCAUCAUGAACAGGCAGCGGUGUGCCACAGUGGUUGCAGCAUGCUGGGGUGGGGCAUUUCUUCAUUCUGCAGUCCAGUGGCUCCUUGUCAUUGUUUUGCCCUUCUGUGGCCCUAAUAAGAUUGACCACUAUUUGUGCGAUAUUUAUCCUCUCCUGGAACUGGCUUGCUCAGAUACUUACGUGACUGGAUUUUUAAUCCUUGCCAAUACAGGGACAGUUGUGGUUGUUUCUUUUACGGUUUUGGUCUUCUCUUACGUCAUCAUUUUAGCAAGUCUGAGGACCCGCUUUUUGGAAGGACGUCGCAAAGCUCUCUCCACCUGCGCUUCCCACAUCACCGCGGUGGCAUUGUUUUUCUUGCCCUGCCUCUUCAUUUACCUCUGGCCACCCCAGACCUUCCCUGAAGAUAAGGUGUUUGCUCUGUUUUAUACCAUCAUUGCCCCCAUGUUCAAUCCCCUCAUCUACACUCUGAGGAACAGAGAGAUGAAAACGGCCAUGAGAAAGGUAUGGUGUUGGAAGCCGUGUUUGGAAUGCAAAUUAGGCAUGUAA